AUGGACGGUGGCGGCGACUGGCGGGGCGCGGACGACCUCCUGGAGGAGGAAGAGCGCCAAGAUGGGGAGCAGUGGCGCGCGAACAGAGCGGAGAAGGCGAGGGAACGCCAGCUUCAGGAUGACUCCCUGGACCACAAGUUCGGAUUCCCUUUCCUUGCUGAGGGACAAACAAUCGAGGGAUGGCUGCUGAACUUCAAGACUGCACAAGCAGAAGAUCAGGAGGCUGGCAGGACAGUCAGUGCUGUUGAUUGCUACUUCAUCAGCCAGGAUGGCAGCAUGUGUAAAGUCAGGAUGCCUCAUGAGCCUUAUUUCUACCUUGUUAUCCAGGACGAGUACAUUAGAGAGGUGGAGGAGUUGCUGCUGCGCACCAAUGAGGGGAAGAUCAAGUCUGUUGAAGUCGUGGAGAAGCAGGAUUUGGACAUGAAAAACCAUUUGGCACCGGGCAUCACCCAAAAGAUGCUGAAGAUCAGCUUCUGGACUGUGAAAGACCUUGUAGACGUGAAGGGCAAAGUGAUGCCCAUCGUCAAGAAGCGGCGAUCAACGCAGCGGGAAGGCACUGCAAAGCUGCAGGAGGCUGCAUCAGCGACAAGGAGGAUAGAUGAUUACUGGGAGAUGAUUCUGGACAUCAGGGAGUAUGAUGUCCCUUUCCACCACCGUUUCGCCAUAGACACCAGCAUACGAUGUGGACGUUGGUACAAAGUUACCGUAAAGGAGGGCAAGGCAUCGAUAGUGUGCGAUGCUGAAAAUGUCGCGCGAGGGGAGCCGGUUGUGUGUGCCUUCGAUAUCGAGACCACAAAGCUUCCACUUCAGUUCCCCAAUGCUGAGAUCGACGAGGUGUUCAUGAUUUCCUACAUGGUUGAGGACCAGGGCUACCUCAUCAUUAGCAGGACUGUCGUUUCAGAGGAUAUUCACUCGUUUGAGUACAGCCCCAAGCCAGACAUAAAAGGCAGCUUCAUCAUUUUCAAUGAGCCCGAUGAGUUGCACCUCUUGCAGCGCUGGUUCGAGCACAUGCAAGAGGUCAAGCCUGCUGUGUAUGUGACGUACAAUGGGGACUUCUUUGAUUUUCCCUUCCUUGAGGCCCGUGCCUCCAAGCAUGGUCUGGACAUGCGCCAGGAGAUGGGCUUCCAGUGCAGUGAUAAUGGCAACUGCCUGAGCCGGGCGUGUCCACACAUGGAUUGUUUGCACUGGGUCAACAGGGACUCCUACCUUCCACAGGGCAGCAGGGGCUUGAAGGCUGUGACACGUGCAAAAUUGGGCUACAGCCCCAUGGAAGUUCCUCCCGAGGAGAUGGUAAAAAUGGCCCAGGAGCAGCCUCAGGCCAUGGCUUCAUAUUCUGUGUCCGAUGCAGUUGCAACCUACUACCUGUACAUGACGUACAUAAACCCUUUCGUGUUCUCGCUUGCCACAAUAAUUCCGAUGUCGCCUGACGAGGUUCUCCGAAAGGGAUCUGGCACGCUGUGCGAGUCGCUGCUGAUGGUCAAGGCGAAUGAGCACAACGUCAUCUGUCCCAACAAGCACAUUUCCAAGAGUGCAUCAUUUCACAAGGGCCAUCUAUUGGAAACAGAAACUUACAUUGGAGGCAAAGUGGCAGCUGUCGAAUGUGGUGUGUUUCGGUCAGAUCUGCCUCUUCAAUUCGGAUUGGCGCCUUCAGCCGUCCAGGCCCUCAUCAACGACCUUGACUUUGACCUCAACUAUGCCAUAACUGUGGAGGGGGGGCUGUCCAAGGACAAUGUUGCCAAUUAUGAUGAUGUGAAGCAAGAAAUCCAGAAGAUCCUAGAAGACCUCAGAGAUAAGCCAAACAGGGAGGAGCCGCCUGUCAUAUAUCACUUGGACGUUGCUGCCAUGUACCCCAACAUAAUCUUGACCAACCGCCUGCAGCCCACGGCUGUUGUGACCGACCACGAUUGUGCUGCCUGCUGCUUCAACAAGCCCAACAAGACCUGUCUCCGGAAGAUGGAAUGGAAAUGGCGCGGGGAACCUUAUGUCAUUGAUCGCAGUGAGUACGGUUCUGUCAAGCGACAGCUGGAGUGCCAGACGUUCCCUCCCAGGCAAGAGGGUGGGAAGAGUCGCCUGUUUGCGGAACUCCCUCAAGAUCAGCAGUCCAAACUCCUGAAGGAGAAGCUGACGACAUACUGCCGCAAGGUGUACAAGAAAGUGAAAAACAAGCCCAUCACGGAGACCCGGGAGGCUGGCAUCUGCAUGAAGGAAAAUUCCUUCUACGUGGACACUGUGCGCGAAUUCCGCGACCGCCGCUACAAGUACAAGCGACUGGUCAAGCAGUGGAAGGCCAAGAAGGAAAAGGCACUAGAAAGCGGCGACGUGCAGACAGUGUCUGAGGCAAAGGACAUGGUGAUUCUGUACGACUCGCUGCAGCUGGCGCACAAGUGCAUCCUCAACUCAUUCUAUGGCUACGUCAUGAGGCGGGGCGCCCGGUGGUAUUCCAUGGAGAUGGCAGGCGUAGUGACAUACACUGGAGCACAGAUCAUCGAGAGGGCGUACAAAAUGAUGGGGAAGCUGGGCCGCCCCCUUGAGCUGGACACUGAUGGCAUCUGGACCGCCCUGCCAGCCAGCUUCCCUGAGAACUUUGCAUUCAAGUUGAAAGACGGUGGGAAGUACAAGAUCUCGUACCCCUGCAUCAUCCUGAACACCAUGGUGGCCAGCCACAACAAGAACGACCAGUACCAGCGCUUGGUGGACUCGAGCGCUGGGCGUUACGAGACCAGCAGCCAGAUGUCCAUAGAAUUCGAGGUGGAUGGGCCGUACAAGGCCAUGAUUUUGCCAGCCUCCAAGGAGGAGGGAAAGUCCAUCAAGAAGCGGUAUGCUGUCUUCAAUUUUGACGGCUCUCUUGCGGAAUUGAAAGGAUUUGAGAUGAAGAGGCGAGGCGAACUCCAGCUGAUCAAAAAGUUCCAAGCCGAGGUGUUUGCCAAAUUCCUGGAUGGGCAGUCUUCAGACGAGUGCUACAAGUCUGUUGGCCAGGUGGCAGAACGUUGGCUCACCGUCCUGGACACCAAGGGAGCUGACAUAGAGUUUGAAUCCCUGAUGGAACUCAUUUCUGAAUCCUGCACCAUGAGCAAGUCGAUCGAAGAAUAUGAUGGCCGGAAGUCCUGCCCAAUCACCACUGCCAAUCGCCUGGCAGCUUUCCUCUCCAACCAGCGCAUGAAAGAGAAGGGUCUCUGUGCUCAGUACAUCAUUUCCAAGGAACCCAAGCACAAGCCCACCAGUGAAAGGGCUGUACCUGUGGAGAUAUUCAGGACGACUCCUGGUGUUGCAAGGCAUUACUUGAGGCAAUGGUGUGGCGCAGGCGCUGCACUUGGCGUUGGCGAGGACGAGAUGCCGGAUGUGCGGCAAAUCCUGGACUGGGGUUACUACAGGGAGCGCUUGACAAGCGCCAUUCAGAAGAUCGUCACUAUCCCGGCCGUGCUGCAGGGCAUCAAGAACCCAGUGAAGAUGAUAAAGAACCCACAGUGGCUUGAGAAGAAGGUUCAGGAACGCAACUCUCGCUUGAAGCAAAGGAAACUGCAGUUCUCCAGGAAGCGGCCCAGAGAACAAGGCGAACAAAUCAGUGAUGUCAUUGCUGCAGAGAUGCCAAAUGGACAAGAAGGACCCAAGGUGCCCCACUUGGAGGAUCUUGAGGACAUGUGUUCCUUUCGGUCUGUUCACAAUAGUCAGGAAGGCAGUCUGUUGAAAGAAAUGCCCGACCCAGGGAACAGAAACGUCGAAGGACCACGGCACCUGCAAGUUCAGCGCAGCAACGUGCCAGCGAGCAAGGCGAUGGCAUCUGAGGAGCAGCAGGGGCCAGCUCAACCGUCUGGCAGUGGUCAGGACAAAGGUGAUAUCUUCCAAAGCCUGAAGUCUUUGAUCCGGGCAAGGAAGCAAAAAUGGCGCGACGUCCAUGCCGCCUCCAGAAAGAAGGCAAAGUGCAACGACGACGCCAAUGCUCAGGUCCCAAGACAGUUCCAAGACCUCAGUGACUACAUUCUGAAUCAGCAGAGUGCCAUAAGCCACACAUAUUGGCAGAUACUGGACCUGGAGAAGUCAGAUGUGCCUGGCAGGUUGAAGGUGUGGGUGCUGGCCGGCUCGCGCCUGUUCUCAUUCCCUCUUAACGUGCCGCACACGUUCUACAUUGCGACCAUCGGUGAAAGGGAGUUGGGUUUUGGGUCAAACGUGAAGAAGGUGUUCCCUCCUGGGGAGAUCGAAGCAGACACUGCAUAUGAGGUAUCGAUGCCACUUUGGGAGUACAUCGAGCAGGCAUCGAAGAUUUCUGAGAAGCUGACAGUCAUGGACAUCUGCAAUGUGUACCAGCACCUGCUACCAUCCUGGCUUUUAGGAGCGAUCAGGAUGGGCUGCGUCAUGUCACUCGCGCCCCAUGCCCGUCAGAAGCAAUAUUCAACAGGCUUGGACAUCGAGGAUCUCAAGGUGGAGAACCGGUCGGACCGACCCUACCUGCAGGGCACUGACACAGAUGGCUGUGGGGGCCUCCGGCCAGUGGCAGUCCUCCACGCCAGCGACAAACGAGACGAGAGGGCCGUCUUUUUGGUGCUGGCAAGGGACGCACAAGCUGGCAUAGUGGUGGUCGUUGUCCCCAACAGUGCCAGACAGGCAGGCAUCUCCAGCAACAUGGUCCAAAGCGCCUGGGAGGAAGAACUGGAAGAUGUGUCGGUGCUGGGGGCAGUGGACCCAAAGGCAUGCAUCCGAGAUUUGUUAGCUGUGAGGUUUGACAUCAAGGUCAAAACGAACAUGCACGAUGCAUAUCAAUAUGUGUCGAAAGCACUCAAAGGUUUCAGGGAUGCGUUAAGGGCACCUGCAAUUGCCCUGCUAGCUUCGAGCCCAACGGGACAGGGGCUCCGGUGCCACGUUCCCGAACUCAGCGAGAUGCCUUGUUUCACUGUGCCCACCCCAGACCGCCCCAGUCAGUUCCCACCACUGCAGUGGCAACAGGAGGUCACCCAGUGGAUGCUGCGGGAGUCGAUCGGCGCCCUGCAGCAAGUGCCAGAACUCAUCGAGCACUCCCGAUAUGCUCAGCUGCCCGUCGGGCUGUUGGGCAGGGGCUACUGGCACAUGAAGAUGGCCGACCUCCUGUUUGCCCGUGCUCUUGACUGCUCUGGUCACGUGCUGUGGCCUGAAGACAGACAGCUUCCAGACCUAGUUGGUCACAGGCAUCCAGAGGAGGAUGAGAUGUGGAAAGAAGAGCUGGGCCCCCCUGAGCUGGAGUUCCCAGGUUGCUACAGGUGUGUGUGUGUGGAGCUGACCGUCCACCACAUGGUGACGAGUGCGCUACUGAAUGCAGCACAGCUGUACGAGCUAGAGGGGUCUGUGCUUGGGGGCUGGGAUCCAGCAGGGAGGGCGCUGGGGGUACUAUCAAACUUGGUGGAGCGAUGGGUCAAAGACGCCACAACAAGGAGCAACAGGACGGCCGAUGCAUUGCUGCAAAGGGUGUAUCAGUGGAUAUGCAACCCAUCAUCCGCGAUGUACCACCCGGAGAUGAAGCGAACCGUGCGGAGCCUAUGCCACAAGAUGCUGCAGCACUUCCUGGCUGAGCUCCACAAGUUGAAUGUCAAUGUCGUGAAGGCUGACCUCAAGUCUUUGACAGUGUGCACUGGAAAGCACAACACAAAGUCUGCCAUCGAGUACACUCGUUGUGUGGUCGACGCCUUGAAAGGCAAACACAUAUUCAGCCUGCUGGCCGUCCAUCCCAAGAUGGCAUGGCACUCCCUGCUGUACAAGGACAAGUACAAUUGGUGCGGCAUCCAGGUGCAAGUUGGCCCUCAUUGGAACGUUCUGGAAACGCAGGAGCCUCACAAGCCCAGGUGCCACUGGGACCUGAAAGACUACCUGCCAAGGCCUGUGCAGAUGGUGCUGGUAGCACGACUAUGGGACUUCGUCUUUCUGCCCUGGAAGGCAGUGCAGGUAGAAGAUGCAGACAAUGGGACGAGCCAAGCAGAGACUCAGGUGCUGAGGGACGCAAAGGAGGUGGCAGCAUCGCAAACCCACUUCCUGACAAAGGAAUAUGGCUCCGUUGGUGGUUUGCUGAAGAAUCUUGUGGAUACGGUCCUGAAGAUCCACACUAAUUGCCCCCAGAAUUCAUCCAUGGCGUUCCUACGUGACCAAGCUGGAUGCACGCUCUCUUUGGAAGAGUAUGGCAGCCCGGCGCUGGCCUUUGCCAGGACGCUGAUCCAUUUGAUGAAACUAGACAAAGAGAUUGGCGACACUGUGGAGGGGGUCGAGAUGACCGUGCUGCAGGCGAUCAAGGAGUCCCCAUGGUCCAUUAAGGCCGCCUGGAAAGAAGUGUGCCGACCCUACAUCCUGGGGGACGUGAUCUGCAGGUCUUGCGGCUCCUGUGUGGACUUGGACUUGUGCAGGGACCCGCAGAUCAAGCGAGGGGACUGGAAAUGCGCCGGCUGCGGGGGCGCCUACGACUUGGAAGAGAUCCAGAGCAUGCUGGUGGCCAACGUCAGGGUGCAGCAUGCGAAGUACCUGCAGCAGGCACUGCACUGUGGGAAGUGCCGGCAGGUGUCCGCCGGACCCAUGUUCCUCGAUUUCUGCAAGGCCUGCGGCUUCGGGGAGCUGAAGCCCACCAUCGCGAAGGAGCAGCACAUGGAGAAGAUGGGCCUGUUGCACAGGAUAGCGGAUAUCCACGAUCUCACACUUCUUAAGGACAUCACGGAGCUCGCCCUGGGGGCAGGGAGAUGA